UAGUUAGAGACUCUGGAGCAAAAAGACAAGGAAAAUUCAAGGAAAUGGGAUAGGUUCGUGCACCUUCGUCUAUCCACAAUUCCACAUAAUCAGAUUAGAAUGUUCAAAUUGAGGACCCCACCAUCAUAUAAAUUGCAUCUUCUAUUGUAAUACCAAAUUGAACCCUGUGUUUGUGAAUUUUCAUUCAUCUUCUCGCCCGUUGUUUUCAAAGACGAAAUAAUGCUAUGUUAAUAGCCUAUACUUGCUUUAAUACAUUUUUCAAACUCGACGACUGUUGAGUAUUGACAAGGGAAGAAACUAAAUACAAAUAAUUGCUAUAAUUAAGCCGAUUUAGCCUGUUGGUCUCAUAUCAACAAUGGAAGAAAAAGUGAAACUUCUGGGAUGUUGGACUAGCGGCUAUAGCUACAGAGUGAUAUGGGCUCUGAAGCUAAAGGGUGUGGAAUAUGACUACAUAGAAGAAGACCUUCGCAACAAGAGUGAUAUGCUUCUGCAGUUCAACCCAGUUCACAAGAAGAUUCCAGUGCUUGUUCAUGGCGGCAAGCCGAUCGCCGAGUCCCUUGUAAUCCUUGAAUACAUUGAAGAAACGUGGCCUGAGAGCCCUUUGCUGCCAAAGGAUUCUUACGAGAGGGCCUUGGCUCGGUUCUGGAUUAAAUUCGGAGAUGAUAAGGGUCGAACUCUCUCUGUGCUUUUUUUUCAAGCUCCAGAAGAAAAGCCAGAUGAGAAUGCUAUAAAAGAAGUGGUGGAAUUUCUGAAGAUCUUGGAAGAGAAAGCUCUGGGAGACAAGAAAUAUUUUGGUGGCAACAAUAUUGGAUUGGUAGACAUAGCGUAUGGAUGGCUGUGCCACUGGCUUAGAGCCCUGGAAGACAUGAGAGGGGUAAAAGUGCUAGAACCCUCCACCUUGCCUCGCUUGCAUGCAUGGGUUGAGAAUUUCGAGCAAAUUCCUGUGAUCCAAGAGAACCUUCCUGACUACACCAAAUGGUUGGCACAUCUGAAAUCCCGAAGGAAUUGAUUCAAUUAUUGCCUCUGCCUAGUCAUGUUUGCUAGCUGCUUGUGUUAAUCCUGUGUAUGCUUUUCUUCCUUGGUUUUAGGUUUUGAGUAAAAAUCAUAUUUAGCUAGCUCUCAACUUUUCUUCUCUGAGUUUAUACUUUCAAGAAUAAAGUCUUUGGUUCUAUCCAGUUUGUAAUAGGUUUCUAUUUGAUUUUAACGUCAAAGUUAACAGUUUAUCAUUUAACACGUAUCUCAUUUAACA